UUAAGCUGCACUGUAAAAUAUUCAAAUUUUACAACACAGAAAAGGCUACUUGAAUUACAAGUCUAGAAGUUUUGUCUCAUAAUUUUACAUACAUUCACCACACAGAUGUUUAAAUGUUGCUUUUGUACUUGAUACAUAAUGGGGCUCCCCCAAUAUAUUUCUGCGUUCUCUUCCAGGAUUCUGUCAGGCCCCUUUGUCGAGAUGUUGGGGUUCCUCCUAUCUGUGACCCCCCUACUACUUCUGUCUGCCCUGACCUCCCCUGCUGCAGGACAGUCUCGGAACCGUCGCGCACCCCUCAUCAAGCUGCGGCUGAACGGGGACACGCGCAAGCCCAACGAGGGUCGGCUGGAGGUCUAUUAUAACCGAACCUGGGGCACCGUCUGUGAUGACGAGGUGGAUAUCAACCUUGCGAACGUAGCUUGCAGAGAGCUCGGCUUCGAGAAUGCACAAACCUGGGCUCACAGCGCCAGGUACGGGGUUGGCAAAGGUCCAAUCUGGCUGGAUAACGUGCGCUGCAAGGGCACGGAGAAGUCGUUGGCGGAGUGCAGCGCCAACGACUGGGGGAUCAGCGACUGCCAACACACCGAGGACUUGGGCGUGAUAUGCAGCGAGGAAAAGCGCCGCGUGAUUGGUCAACAAGGGAGUCGUCCUGUCAACACUGCUAACCAGGGUGGCAGCAAGGUGAAGAUCGAGGAGGUCCGUCUCCGUCCACUUAUGACUAGUGCUAAGGGCCGCGCGCCCAUCAGAGAGGGCGUGGUGGAGGUGAAGCAUGCUGGGAGGUGGCGGCAGGUGUGUGAUGUGGGCUGGACACUCAACAACAGCAGGGUGGUGUGUGGCAUGCUGGGAUUCCCUUUGGAGACUCAGCACAACACCAAGAUGUACAAAAAACUUUGGGAUACCAAGGUCAACAAUCCAACUACCAGACUCAGCACAAUGUCCCGGAAGAAGAGUUUCUGGGUGGAGAAGGUGAGCUGCCAUGGCAACGAGCCCAGCCUGUCAGACUGCCGGGUCCAGCUCUCUAUUUCCCGCAACAGCCCCCCCUGCAGGAAAGGCAUGCACGCCAUCACGCGCUGCGUCCUGGGAGCAGAGCUCAGCAACACCCUGAACACCGGCCGCCAGACACACUCCCACAGAGAGCCCUCAGUUCGGUUGAAGGCGGGCUCUCGGUUGGGCGAGGGCCGCGUGGAGAUGCUGCGUGAAGGGAAGUGGGGCACGGUGUGUGAUCACCAAUGGGACCUGGUCUCUGCCAGCGUGGUGUGCCGGGAGCUGGGGUACGGCACAGCAAAGGAGGCCCUGAGAGGAGCGUACAUGGGGCAAGGAUUGGGCCCCAUCCACAUGAACGCAGUGCAGUGCAGUGGGCAUGAGCGCUCCAUCACUCAGUGCUACUUCCAGGACCUGGCCACCAGGGAGUGCACUCACUACAAUGAUGCAUCUGUCAGAUGCAACGUGCCUAAGAUGGGACUUGACAGCAAGAUUCGCCUGGCAGGGGGGCACAGUCCUGGGGAGGGUCGUGUGGAGGUGCUGAUGGAGGUCAGAGGUCGGCAGCAGUGGGGUGCGGUGUGCAGCGAGUCCUGGGGUCUCAACGAGGCCAUGGUGGUGUGUCGACAGGCGGGCUUUGGAUUUGCCUCACGUGCCCUACAGGAGACGUGGUACUGGCAGGGGGACCCGAGUGCCAGUGAGGUGGUGCUAAGUGGGACGACAUGCUCCGGGACGGAGCUCUCGAUCCAGCAGUGCCAGAAGCACGGGCAGGUACACUGCCCUCAAGGGGGCGGCUGGCAUGCUGCAGGGGUCACCUGUAGUGAGACGGCCCCAGACCUGAUUCUGAACGCUCAGAUGGUCCAGGAGUCUGCGUACCUGGAGGACCGGCCGCUGCACCUGCUCACCUGUGCCCACGAGGAGAAAUGCCUCUCCUCCUCCGCGGACCACAUGAACUGGCCCUAUGGGCAGCGGCGCCUGCUUCGCUUCUCCUCGCGCAUCCACAACCUGGGCAGGGCUGACUUCCGCCCACGGGCAACUCGAGAGUCCUGGAUCUGGCACCAGUGCCACAGGCACUACCACAGUAUCGAGGUGUUCACACACUACGACCUCCUCACCCUCAAUGGGAGCAAAGUUGCAGAAGGUCACAAGGCCAGCUUCUGUCUGGAAGACACCCACUGCCCGGAUGGGCUGCAGAAACAGUACGCUUGUGUCAACAUGGGACAGCAGGGCAUCUCUAUGGGCUGCUGGGAUACCUAUCGACACGACAUUGACUGUCAGUGGAUCGACAUCACGGAUGUUAUUCCAGGGGACUACAUCUUCCAGGUUGAAGUAAAUCCCCACUUCGACAUGGUGGAGUCUGAUUUCACAAACAACGUAAUGCGCUGCCGAUGUAAAUACGAUGGGAGUCGGAUCUGGAUGUACGGCUGUCACACAGGAGACGCAUACAGUGAUGAAAUUGAGGAUCUGUUUGAGCACCAGAAUCGGAUCUCCAAUAACCUGAUCUAAAUUUUCACCCUGGAAAUUCCUGGCAGAACUUGGAAUCAGGAAAUGGAAGAACUGGAGCUUGAAUUCGGGGCCUCGGACAAGUACUUACCUCACGCGUGCAACACUAACACAAAGCACAGCAGUCUUCUUGAGAUCAGUGGGGAAGUCAAGUGGAUUUAGUGACAAAGGUUGCUCCUUUGGGUUAUAAAAAUCCAUUUGAAUCCCUUCUGUAGGAUUUGUAAAUCUUUAUGCCAGCAUCUUUCAACUUGAGUAUUCUUUAUUUUUAUUUUUGAAUGCAUACAAUCCUUUAGGACAGAGUAACUAUAUAUAUAUAUAUAUAUAUAUAUUAUACUUGUUGAAGUAUUUUAUUUAAAUGUUGUCUUGUACAGAACACAAGGAACAGGAAAUAGACAUAUUGAAUGAAAAUCUGGAUUUUCUUUUUGAUUUAUUGGAUCAGAGGACAUGUGUAAAGAACACACUUUAUACUCAAAAUGUAAGUGUUCACCUAAUUCCAUUGUUUCAGUUAAAAGCUUUUAUGCCCAGAUUGGUGGUGAAACAAAAACACAUAUUGUAUAUAGUGCAAGUAUUAUUUUAAUAUUUUCUCAAUAUGAGCUAUUGCUUUACUCAGAGCACCAUGAUGUCAGUACAGCCUAAAGCUUCUACAGUAUCUUGAAACAAACUACUUUUAUGUGUCACUGUGAAUUCCCUAACAAAGUCUCUUCACACAAGUGUAGCAAGAAGUGGGGGACAUUUUCAGGAAUUAUACUCUCAGGAAGUGAUGUCAUACUUAAAUCACUAAAGCACUAGAAUGGCAACAUUUUGCAGUUCCUCAUGGAGGCAAAGCAGAGAAUUGAGGGAAACAAAUGAGUAUAGCCUGUUUUGUAAAAAGGAAAGCUAACCAUACUUUUUAUUUCAAUGAGAACUAUUUUACUUUACUUGAUCGGCAGACACUUUCAGUACCUGGACUUGCUUUAUAAGAAAUAACAUUUGUUUAAAAGAGCUAAAUUGCUGUUAAAACAAUAAAAUGUGCAUUUUAUGAAACCACAAACAGCCUGGUUGUAAAACAAACAAAAUAAAAUCCGAUUCUACACCAGUGUGGAAACUCUCUAAAAGCAUAUUAUGAUUUAUAUGCACUGCACAUCCAGGCAUCCUGGUAAUAUUAAAUUAUACAGACUUGGAUAAGGCAACAUCAAAACAAUUUUCUAUUAUAAUUUUUACCUUUUUUUAGUUGAUAAUCUGUAGCAGGAAUCCCACAAAAUGUUUUCUGUUUUAAGAGAACCAUGUUUUUAACUUAAAUACACUUUCUAAUUUGUACUUGCUUUUGCUUCUUAAUCUGUGCAAACAUACUUUAGUACAGCAUAAACACUUGA